AAGUAUAACAACAAUAUCAUCAUCAGUUUAUGUUCGAAUAACUCCAUCAGGUAUAACAGCAAAUCUUGUUCAAUUGGGAACAUCAAUGAUUACACGUGGCAAUCAACAAGAUCUUAAACUUGAUCCAGGAUCAUUUUCUGUUAAUCCUGAUGAAUAUUCAUUUGAUGCAACUAAAUGGAAAUAUGAAUAUUAUUGUCGAAUUUAUGGUUUAUAUAUGUUUCCAAAUUUCCAAGGAGCAUUAUUAUCAAUAGAUGAUUCAAGAAUUGAUCCUUCAAAUCCAUCAUGUUUAUCAAAUCAAACAGGAAAUAAAACAGAAUUGAAAUUUGAUGGUGUUGGUUUAUUAUCAAAAUCAUCUGUAACAAUUCUUGCUGGGUCAUUAAAAUCCAAUCGAACAUAUCAAUUUAUGGUUCAAAUGGAAAAUCUUCGAAAUUCUUCAAUUCAAGCCACAGGUUAUGUACUUGUUACAGUGGUAGAUACUCGUCCACAAAUGGUUCUUAUUGGUUGUGUUAUUUGGACGAUGUGUGUUCCAAAUUUAGAAUUUCAAUUUGUUAAUCCAACAACACAAGUUGCACUAUUUGCUAUUUGUAAUGGAAAUUGUACAACUCUGCAAAAUAUCAUUUGGAAUAUCUAUCAAGGAUCAUCAAAUUCAUCUUCAAAUGUCACCCAAUGGAUUUUAUAUAACCAAAUGAAUACAUAUGAAAAUAUUUGGUUUUUUGGUAGAAAUACAAGUAAUUUCACUACAACAAAUCAAUUAUUUCUCAAUAAUCCUCUAAUUGGACUUUGGCGAUUUGAAGUUGUUUAUAACUUUACAUUUGAAACAAGUUUAAGUUCAUUAAAUUUUAUUAUCAAUCAACCUCCUUAUAAUGGUUCAUGUUCAAUGAAUCCUUCAAAUGGUACAACAAGUACUUUAUUUACUAUUGAAUGUCCAAAUUGGUUUGAUGAAGAUGAUAUUAAAGAUUAUUCACUAUACAUUUGGACAACAGAUCAAAGAGAACGAAUGAUGAUUGCAUUUUCAUCAGUAUCUACUUUUCAAGUUUACUUACCCGCUGGAAUAAGUCAUACGAUAAUGUAUAUUCGUGAUACUCUUGAUUGUACCGCAGAAUUUAAUAUGUCAUCUAUUAAUGUCACAACAGAUUUUGAUACAAUUAAUGAUUUAAUCAAUAAUAUACAAAGCUCAACAAACAAUCCAUUGAUAAACAUUCUCGUUGGUGGAAAUCAAAAUUUGGUUGGACAAGUGAUUGUUUCCGUAUCACAACAGUUUAAUCAAAUGAAUAAUGAAAGCAUAGACAACGCUGUUUCCAAUGGUAUUCCAGCUACAAGUAUAUCUAUAUCAUCCUUAGGAAGUCAAUCUUCACAAGAGAUUUCUAUUCCGUUGAAUGACUCAGCUUUGAUCGAAUAUAAGAAAGGGUUAAAUUCUCUUGCAAAUGUACGCGAUCAACUUAUAAAAUAUCUGGUUGAUCUUCAAGUUUUUGAUUCAAAUAGUCUUAAAUUACAAUCAUUAUCCUUAGCACAAUUUAGUGGAUCAACAAAUCAAUU